UAAAUCUCUGGACGGUGUCAACGAACCCAAUGUCAACAAUAGUAAUGAAGCUACAAAAGAAUCGGUGAUGUUUACAGAGAGAUUUGACGGAAACUUGGAUGAGAAAAAUCACAAUUUCAGUGAUAGCACAUCUGAUUCUACCUUAUCUCCAAUACAUGGUUAUAUACCGAAAACAUCACCAAUAAACUUGCAGACACCUACACAUACAACAUCACGACAAGAUUCCAGGACACCUAACUGUCAGCUGGAGCCACUCGAGGUUGUAACACACGAUGUGGACAGACAUGGAGGAAGUGGAGGUCCUUCACCGUUGUUAGAAAGGUCUCCGAUUCCUGAUCAAUUUCUCUCUCCCUGAGUCCGACGAUGAUAUUAUCGUCAGGAAAAAACGAAGGACAGCAAUUAUAGAUUCACCGUCACCUGUUUUUACACAAAGCCGAAGGCAUCUAGACAAUCAAACGACUCCAUUCAGGACACCAGGUGCUCUGCCAAAUGCAGAGAAAUCUAGUGCACACACUUCAAGUUUGACAAAAGACAAAAAUGGAAAAGCAAAGAAACUGAAAUUUAAUGUAUCAUUUAAACUUCCAGAAGAAUUUAAUGAUGAUGACGACUUUGCUGAUGACAGUUCUGUUUUGAAAAGGAAUAAACCUGCUAUUUCAUCAAUAUCAAGAAAUAGGUCGUCAGAGGAGGAAAGGAAAACUGUCAAGCGAAGGACAAAAUCAAAAUCUCCAGCUGACAUGUUCAUUCAUGCUGAGGCUGAUGUGUCAGAUGAUGAUGAAAAUGUUUCUGACGAUGAGGAUGAUGGGAGUGACAUGGAUGAAAUGGAGGACAGUUUCAUUGGUGAAGCGACACAGAUGUCGCAAGGACGAACAGAGGACAUGCAUGCAUUUUAUCUCAAAUCUGUCAGAAGUCCAUUAGUUGGCGGCAAAUUUCGGCUGAAAUAUAACCAAGACAAAAUGGAUGUAUUCUCCCAACCCCAAAACUAUGAGGAUUCUCAUUAUAUGGAAGACAGCUUUUGUGUGGGUGAUGAUUUUGAGGAAACUUGUGUCGACGUGGAGGACGAAGUUACUGUUUUACAAGAUCCAGAUAUUACCUAUGUAGGACGGAGGACUCGUUGGUCAAAACCAGCAGUCAUUAGAAAGAAAGGGGCUGUGAAAAGUGUGACUGGGAGGAAAAGAAUUAGGAAAAUGUCUGAUUCUUCUAGUGAGGAGGACAGCUAUAAGUGUGAAGUGACAACAGUACAGACACCCCGUGUGUCGGCUGUUAAACGAAGGGGAAGAGUACUCCUGUCCAGUAGUACAAGUGAGGAGGAGUGUAAAAUUACCUCCCCUGUUAGAGUUAUCUCCCCUGAUGGAGAGACACAGGAUGUCAUCCCAUCACUGAUGACAAGGAUUAAAAGAAAUAAUGUGACCACAAGUUGUAUGUCGGAAUUACAGUCCAAGGCAGAGUCACGACAUACCAAUGGACCAUCGGAAUCUACUCAUGUCACUGGUCUACAGCAUGAUAAUGGGGAAGAAUCGGAUGCUUGGUUGAAUACAAGUCGACAGGCUGCAGACAGAUCUGUUUCUGGGUCGAAUACAACAGCUUUAACAGCUGAACAAAUACGUUUACAGCGACUGCAAAAACAGAAAGAGAAACAGGAGGAAUUCAAAAGAAGAAUGGCAGAAAAGACACUGGACAGAAACAAAACUUCUGAAUUAUCUGUGAUUAAAAGUGGUGCUAGUAUUUCAAGGACAAAUGAGGCAAUAAAGUUAAACUGUGAUAGGCCGAGUGCUGAUGAUUUCCUGUUACCUAGUUCUUCUACUGACAACAACAAUAAAUCUGUGAUAUUUGUCGACUCCAGGGAGAUAAACGGUUCUCAGAACAUCGUUUCAGAACUCCGCUUCAAACAUAAUUUGUCUGUGAUAGUCGCCCAGCUGGCUGGGUGUGAUUAUGUGGUCAGCAACCGAAUGGGAGUUGAUCGAAAAGUGUGGUCAGAAUUCACCAAUGGGUCAAAUCGGGCCAAACUGAUUGACCGUAUACAGCAAUUAUGUGAGUUGUACGACCGGCCAUGUCUGAUUAUAGAAUCUGACCCAGUGAAGGGUACCGAUAAGGGAGGUAAUCGACUCCUUCAUUGGACCAAAUAUGUGGACAAAACUAUUGUCCAGUUAAUCAACUCAACUGUAAAAAUGUACUUCACUGCUGGUCAGCUGGACACUGCAGCCAUACUGGCUGACCUCUGUAUGCUGGAGAUGAGGAAAAACAUGGCCAUCAAUGUCCCGAUCAAUGUUAGUGAUAAAAAACAGCAACAUAUAAAGUUCUAUACCUCCAUUCCCAGACUUACAUACGUCCACAGUCUUAACCUCGCCCACAACUUCAGGACGAUAAAAGACUUUCUGUCCGCCAGUGAAAAGGCCAUUAGGACUAAAGGUUGUAUGUCUGAAAAGCGGGCAGAGGAGGUGUACAGUUUUGUGAGGAGAAACUUUGAUGUACAAAUGUUACCUACUAGUUAUGGCUAGUAGUGCAACUAAUUCAAAUAGGGAUCUUUUAAUUUAAUUAAAAUGUGUUGUCUUGAAAUUAUGUGAGUAAUUUCCUGAAUACAAACUAUUUUCAGAUAA